AUGACCAAGCCAACCAUGACCAAGCCAACCAUCACCAACCAAACCAUCACCAACCAAACCAUCACCAACCCAACCGCCACCAAGCCAACCAUCACCAACCCAACCAUCACCAACCAAACCAUCACCAACCCAACCAUCACCAACCCAACCAUCACCAACCAAACCAUCACCAACCAAACCAUCACCAACCAAACCAUCACCAACCAAACCAUCACCAACCAAACCAUCACCAACCAAACCAUCACCAACCAAACCAUCACCAUCCAACCUUCACCAACCAAACCAUCACCAACCAAACCAUCACCAACCCAACCAUCACCAUCCCAACCAUCACCAACCCAACCAUCACCAACCAAACCAUCACCAACCCAACCGCCACCAACCCAACCAUCACCAACCCAACCGCCACCAACCCAACCAUCACCAACCCAACCAUCACCAACCCAACCAUCACCAACCAAACCAUCACCAACCCAACCAUCACCAACCCAACCAUCACCAACCAAACCAUCACCAACCCAACCGCCACCAACCCAACCAUCACCAACCCAACCAUCACCAACCCAACCAUCACCAACCCAACCAUCACCAACCAAACCAUCACCAACCCAACCAUCACCAAGCCAACCAUGA